AUGCCGCCUACGCUCCCCGCCGGUAAAUCUCCGGGCCGAGCAACCCGGCUGCCGGAGCCCGUGACGCCGUCAGCCAAAAGCAGAGUGGCCGAUGUCCAGUUGUCGGAGCGCAAAAGGAAGGUCGCGCCGUCGGCCGGUCCGCCUAAGAAGAAGAAAGGGAAGACCAGAUCGCCGUCGGCCGAGCCCGAGAAGAAGCCUUUGCCUCUCCUGUUGGAGCGCGCCUGGACACCCGGCGACGAGGUCCAGACACUCGAGGCCCCGGUGCGAGCAGCCCAACCGCCGGACCCCGGGAAGAGCAAGCAUGCGCCGUCAGCCAAGAGCAGGGAGGCCGAUGCCCAGCUGCCGGUGCGCAAGAGGAAUAUCGCGCCAUCAGCCGAUCCGCCCCAGAAGAGCGACAAGUCGAGAUCGGCGCCGGCCGAGCCGGAGAAGAAAUCCCUCCCAUCCGACCAUGCGUGGGCGUGGACACCGAGCAACGAGGUCCAGAUACUCGAGGGCCUGGUGGUGUAUCGCCAGGAACACGGCAAUCUGCCGAGAACCAAGGCGCUCCUCGCCUCCCUUCAUCUCCAAGGCCGCCUCGACAGCAAGGGCUUCAGCCUGCAGGACCUCUGGCAGAAGGUGCGCAGUCUCAAGGGCUGGCACGACUACGACGCCAUCAACGGUGUCCCUGCCAAAGAAAACAAGUGCAGCCUCUGUCACCUCUCCAAGACCGUCUGGGGCACCAUCCCAGAGCCAGUUGCUACGAGUGGUGGUGAAUCAAGCACAAAAGUGCCAAAUGCGGGCAAGACAUUCGAUGAAAUGUGUCAGUUGUACCCUUGCCUCACUGAUGAGAUGACACACAUUGUGGAUGAACCUGCAGUUUUGGAGAGACUGCUCUUGGACUUUGAUGAUACCAAGGCCUGUUCAUUGGACUCCAAAAUCGACAACCUCAGCACAGAGCUCACCGAGGCUAUCAUGGAAUCGGUGCAGCUCACGGCAUUGAUCUGCUUCGCACUGUGA